AUGUGCAAAACGGCACAGAAAACGGACUUCCCCGAGGAAUACCGAGCCUUAAGCAAGGGUGAGGCUAUCAGAACAACUAGCAAUCUGCUAUCGUUGUCCCCUUUUAUCGAUACCAACGGUCUAAUUCGCGUGGGCGGUAGGCUAAAAAACGCCGAGCUACCUUUUGAUACACGUCACCCAAUUUUGCUAUCGCGAAAUCACAUUUUAACGAGACUCAUUAUACUACGAGAGCACGAGCGCAAUGCUCAUGCUGGCCUACAAGCAACCAUGGCUGCCAUAAGGCAACGCUUUUGGCCCUUAUCCCUGCGAUCGGUCACUCGCAAAAUCUUGCAAAAUUGCGUCACGUGUUUUAAAAACAAACCGACUAUCUCAGAAGCGAUAAUGGGCGCAUUGCCGGCCGGGCGAAUAACGGUUUCCAGGCCAUUUCAUCAUUGCGGAAUUGACUAUGCCGGACCGUUAUUAAUACGCGAAGGUAAACGACGUAACGCUCGAAUCAGCAAGGCUUACGUAGCAGUCUUCGUUUGUUUUGCCACGAAGGCAAUUCAUAUUGAGCUUGUGAGCGAUCUAACUUCAGAGGCUUUCAUCGCGGCACUCAAACGUUUCGUUUCACGCAGAGGCAAACCCGCUGUCAUAUAUUCUGACAAUGGGACGAACUUCGUAGGCGCUCAAAAACAGUUACACGAAUUCUAUGAGUCACUCGGUCGCGAUAGCGCACAAACCGACAUCAAUAAUUUUUUACGCGAUCAAAAGACCACCUGGAACUUCAUUCCACCUAAUGCUCCGCACUUUGGCGGACUAUGGGAGGCGGCUGUAAAGUCAGCCAAACAUCACCUUUAUCGAAUCAUUGGGAGGGCACAUUUAACCUUCGAGGAGGUACAAACCGUUUUAUGCGAGAUCGAAGCAAUUCUAAACUCGAGGCCCCUCACACAAUUAAGUUCGGAUCCGAAUGAUCUAACCUACCUUACCCCCGGGCACUUUUUGGAGCGUCAUAAGUGGAAGGCCAACAAGGGCCCACAAUUAAAGGAAGAUCAACUAGUGCUUUUAAAGCAGCAAGGUCUGGCACCUUUGUACUGGAUGCUCGGACGUGUGGUGCAGAUACACAAGGACUCUAACGGCAAUGCAAGGUCCGCCGUCAUUAAAACUUCAAAGGGUUCAUUAGUUAGACCACUGUCUAAAAUAGCAAUACUACCAAUAGACUCUUAA